CUAUCCCAUCUCAGGGCAGAUGAGGAAGCCGAGGCUUGGGGCGCGGAGCCCCAGAGAAGAACGCCGACCGCGGCCCGGACUUAAGAGAUUAGGUCGCAGGGGAGCGGGGCCUCGAGAGACUACGACCACUGCUCCAUUUACUCACCGAGAAGCCGUCCCCGCCUGUAGUUUUCUUUCUUUUUUUUUUUUUGAGACGGAGUCUUCCUCUGUCGCCCAGGCUGGAGUGCAGUGGAGCAAUCUCGGCUCACUGCAGGCUCCGCCUCCUGGGUUCACGCCAUUCUCCUGCCUCAGCCUCCCGAGUAGCUGGGACUACAGGCGCCUCCACCACGCCUGGCUAAUUUUUUUGUAUUUUUAGUAGAGACGGGGGUUUCACCGUGUUAGCCAGGAUGGUCUCGAUCUCCUGACCUCGUGAUCCCCCCGCCUUGGCCUCCCAAAGUGCUGGGAUUCCAGGAGUGAGCCACCGCGCCCGGGCCACCGCCGAUAGUUUUCCACUUUCCCGCCAGGCCCGACGCCGCUCUGACGCCACUGAGGCGCGCCACGACGUGACGUCAACGUUCGCGCCGGAAGUGGAAGAACAGGCAGCCCAGGUGAAGGCAGUAAGCUCGGCUCACAGUCGCAGGAGAGUUCUGGGGUACACGGGCAAAGGGGCUUGAGAAGGCCCGGAAGCGAAGCCGAAGAGAAGCAACUGUGCCCUGGAGAAGAGAAGCUCGCCCAUUCCAGACUGGGAGCCAGCUUUCAGUGAAGAUGGCAGGGCCAGAACUGUUGCUCGACUCCAACAUCCGCCUCUGGGUGGUCCUACCCAUCGUUAUCAUCACUUUCUUCGUAGGCAUGAUCCGCCACUACGUGUCCAUCCUGCUGCAGAGCGACAAGAAGCUCACCCAGGAACAAGUAUCUGACAGUCAAGUCCUAAUUCGAAGCAGAGUCCUCAGGGAAAAUGGAAAAUACAUUCCCAAACAGUCUUUCUUGACACGAAAAUAUUAUUUCAACAACCCAGAGGAUGGAUUUUUCAAAAAAACUAAACGGAAGGUAGUGCCACCUUCUCCUAUGACUGAUCCUACUAUGUUGACAGACAUGAUGAAAGGGAAUGUAACAAAUGUCCUCCCUAUGAUUCUUAUUGGUGGAUGGAUCAACAUGACAUUCUCAGGCUUUGUCACAACCAAGGUCCCAUUUCCAUUGACCCUCCGUUUUAAGCCUAUGUUACAGCAAGGAAUCGAGCUACUCACAUUAGAUGCAUCCUGGGUGAGUUCUGCAUCCUGGUACUUCCUCAAUGUAUUUGGGCUUCGGAGCAUUUACUCUCUGAUUCUGGGCCAAGAUAAUGCCGCUGACCAAUCACGAAUGAUGCAGGAGCAGAUGACGGGAGCAGCCAUGGCCAUGCCCGCAGACACAAACAAAGCUUUCAAGGUAUACUCCUUCACCUUUCAAAGCCGCAGCAAUGCUCUGAAAGGUGUUACCAAGAGCUAUUUUAAAAAUAGCUUCCUUGCAGGGAGUGUUGUGUGGUUCCAUCGUUUUAAUUUAAACUUAGUAAAAACAUAGUUUACACGUCUCUUUUUCCUGAGACAGAAUCAUCUAUUAAGUAAAUGGAAAUUCUUGGUGCUUUUACUGGUUUUUAAAUGCUCACUGGAAUUUAAUCCACACUAUCAAUGAUGCUGUAAAAUAAUCCAAUCGGAGGUGCCAGGUAAACAUUUAGAAUAAUUUGAACCUUUUUGAACCCCAUAGACAUCAGAUAUAAAUUGCAUUAAAAAAAACAAUACUAAGAGCCUUUUCACAAAAAGGCUCUAGAAUUUGCAAAAUUUAGUAUGAUUUUUGUGGAACAAAAUCUCACUGUGUUUCAUGAUAGAAACUAAAAAGAGAAGGGCAGUUCCGGCCAGGCACAGGGGCUCACACGUGUAAUUCCAGCACUUUGGGAGGCCAAGGUGGGCAGAUCACCUGAGUUCAGGAGUUCGACACCAGCCUGAACAACAUGGUGAAACCCUGUCUCUAUUAAAAAUACAAAAAUGGGCCAGGUGUGGUGGCUCACGCCUGUAAUCCCAGCACUUUGGGAGGCCAAGGCGGGUGGAUCACUUGAGGUCAGGAGUUCAAGACCAGCCUGGCCAACAUGGUGAAACCUCUUUUCUACUAAAGAUAUAAAAAAAAAUUUGCUGGGCAUGGUGGUGGGCACCUGUAAUCCCAGUUACUUGGGAGGCUGAGACAGGAGAAUUGCUUGAACUCAGGAGGUGGAGUUUGCAGUGAGCUGAGAUUGAUUGCACCAUUGCACUCCAGCCUGGGCAACAAGAGCAAAACUCCGUCUCAAAAAAAAAAAAAAAAAAUACAAAAAUGAGCUGGGCACGGUGGCAUGUGCCUAUAAUCCCAGCCACCCAGGAGGCUGAGGCAGGAGAAUCACUGAAACCUGGGAGGCGGAGGCUGUAGUGAGCCAAGAUCGUGCCACUGCACUCCAGCCUGGAUGACAGACCAAGAUUCCGUCUCAAAAAAAAAAAAGAGAGAAAUUUCUCAGCCUGAUAAAGGACAUCUAUGACAGACCCACAGCUAACAUCAUACUCAAUGGUGAAAGACUGAAAGCUUUCCCUUUAAGAUUAAGAACAAGACAAGGAUGUCUGUUCUUGCCACUUCUAUUCAGCAUUGUUCAGGAUGUACUAGCCAGGGCAGUUAGGCAAGAAAAAGAAAUAAAAAAGUCAUUCAGAUUAGAAAGGAAGUAAAACUAUCUCUGUUUGCAAAUGGCAUGGUGUUGUAUAUAGAUCAUCCUAAAGAAUCCACAAGAAAACUAACAGAGCUAAUAAAUAAGUUCAACAUACAUAAAUCAAUUGUAUUUCUAUACACUGGUAAUGAAGAAUUGGAAAUGAAAGGAAAACAAUUUUAUUUAUAAUAGUAUCAAAACGAAUAAAAUAUUUAGGAACAAAUCUAACAAAAGAAAUGGCCGUGGCCGGGCAUGGUGGUUAACGCCUGUAAUCCUAGCACUUUGGGAGGCUGAGGUGGGCAGAUCACGAAGUCAAGAGAUCAAGACCAUCCUGGCCAACGUGGCGAAACGCCAUCUCUACUAAAAAUACAAAAAUUAGCUGGGCAUGGUGGUGCAUGCCUGUAGUCCCAGCUACUCGGGAGGCUGAGGCAGGAGAAUCACUUGAACCCGGGAGGCAGAGGUUGCAGUGAGUCAAGAUCGCGCCACUAGACUCCAGCCUGGUGACAGAGCGAGACUUCGUCUCAAAAAAAAAGAAAUGGCCUUUUGUUAGAUUUAAACUGACAUACUGAAAAAUUACAAAAAUUGCUGAAAGAAAUUAAAGACUUAAAUAAAUGGAAAGACAUCCAUGUUCAUAGAUUGGAAGACUUAAUAUUGUUAAGAUGGCAAUACUCCAAAUUUAUCCACAGAUUGAACGCAAUCCCUCUAAAAAUCUUACUUGCCAUUCUUGCAGAAAUUGACAAGCUGCUUGUGAAGUUCAUGUGGAAAUUCAAGGGAAUCACAAUAGGCAAAAAUGUUGGCAAAAUUGGAGAACUUACACGCCGUGGUUUUAAAGCCUAUUGCAAAGCUGUAGUAAUCAAAACUGCACAGUAAUAAAAACUGGCAUAAGGAGAGAUAUAGGUCAAUGGAAUAAAAUGGAGAGUUCAGAAGUAAACACAUCUAUUUAUCAUCAAUUGAUUUUCAAAGAGGGUACCAAGACUAUUCAGUGGGGAAAGAAUAGUCUCCAUUCAACGAAUGGUACUGGGAAAAGGAUAUCUACAUGCAAAAGAAUGAAGCUGGGCACCUAUUUCACACCAUGCACAAAAGUUAAGUCCAAAUGGUUCAACAGGCAUGUUAGUGCAGAAGAAAAAAAAAUUAGGUUCAAAUUAGCCAAAUGUGGUGGUGCAUGCCUAUAGAUGGGGGGACCACUUGAGCUGAGGAGUUUGAGGCUGCAAUGAGCUGUGAUUGUGCCACUGCACACCAGCUUGGGUGACAGAGCGAGACCCUGUCUCGAAAAAAGAAAUCAAAUGGGUCAAAGUCCCAAAUCUUUAAUAUUGCAUGAUAUUACUUAUAUAAAAUAUUUGGAAAAGGAAAAUUCACAGAGACAAGAAAGUAGGUUAGAGGUUACUGAGGAUGGGAUGGGGGGCAGUGGGGAGUAAUUGCUUACUGUGCACAUUUUCUGUUUAAGGGGACAUAAAACUUUGGAAAUGAUAGUAGACAUGGGUACACAUUGUGAAUGUCAUUAAUGCCACUGAAUUUUACAUCUAAAAUGGUUAAAAGUGGUGUAUGUUAUGUUACAUAUAUUUUACCACAAUAAAAAAAUAAAAAUUUGGUUGGGCGCAGUGGCUUACACCUUAAUCCCAGCACUUUGGGAGGCUGAGACAGGCAGAUCAUUUGAGGUCAGGAGCUUGAGACCAGCCUGGCCAACAUGGUGAAAUGCCAUCUCCACUAAAAAUACAAAAAUUAGCUGGGCAUAGUGGUGCCUGCCUGUAAUCCCAGCUACUCAGGAGGCUGAGGCAUCAGAAUUGCUCGAACCUGGGAGGCAGAGGUUGCAGUGAGCCGAGAUCGCACCAUUGCAGAUGCAGAGGUUGCAGUGAGCCAAGAUGGCGCCACUGCACUCCACCCUGGGUGACAGAGUGAGAUCACUCUGUCUCAAAAAAAUAAACAACUAAAAAACAGUGAGAGGGCUGGGCAUGGUGGCUCACGCCUGUAAUCCCAGCACUUUGGGAGGCUGAGGUGGGUGGAUCACAAGGUCAGAAGUUCAAGAUCAGCUUGGUCAACAUGGUGAAACCACAUCUCUACUAAAAAUACAAAAAUUAGCUGGGCGUGGUGGCGGGCGCCUGUAGUCCCAGCUGCUCAGGAGGCUGAGGCAGGAAAAUUGCCUAAACCUGGGAGGCGGAGGUUGCAGUGAGCGGAGAUUGCGCCACUGCACUCCAGCCUGGAUGCCAGAGCGAGACUCCAUCUCAAAAAAAAAACAAAAAAAAAAACAGAUACCACUUCAUGCCCACUCAGAUGGUUAUAAUUAAUUAAAAAAAAGAUCAACAAUAACAAGUGUCGGUAAGGAUGUGGAGAAACUGGAACCCUAUUGUUGAUGAUGGUACAGCCACUUUGGAAAACAGUUUUUCUGCCUUUCCUCAAACAGUUAAAACAUAGUUACUAUAUGAUCCAGUAAUUUCACUCUUAAGUAAAUACUCAAGAGAACUGAAAAUGUAUGUCCACACAGAAACUUAUGUGAGAAUGUGUUCAGAGCAUGAUUCAUAAUAAUCAAAAAGUAGACAUAACCCAAAUGUCCAUCAUCUAAUGAAUGAAUAAACAAUGGAAUAUUUUGGAAUAUAAUGUACAUUGUAUGUACAGUAGAAUAUAUACAAUGGAGUGUUAUUCAGCUAUAAAUAAGAGUGGAAUACUGAAUCAUGUUAAACAGGGAAGAACCUUGAAAACAUGCUAAGUGAAAGAAGGCCACAUAUGCCCAGAAUAAGUGAAAAAAAGAUACAGAAGAUAACGUAGUAGUUGCCAGAGGUUGUGGGAGGUGAAUAAUGGGAGCUGUCUACUGUUUGGUAUGUGGUUUCUUUUUGUUAUGAUAAAAGUGUUCUGCAAUUAGAUAGUGGUGGUGGUUGCACAUAUGAAUAUACUAAAAAUCAGUAAAUUAUACACAUUAAAGGGGUAAAUUGUAUGACAUGUAAAUUAUAUCUGAAAAACUCACUCAUGAGCUAACAUUUGUAUUUCACAUUAAAUAAGCUUGCUCUAUCUAUCUAUCUAUCUAUCUAUCUAUCUAUCUAUCUAUCUAUCUAUCUAGAGAGGGUCUCACUGUGUCACCCAGGGUGGAGUGCAGUGGUACAAUCCUUGCUCACUGCAGCCUCGAACUCCUGGACUUAAGCAUUCCUCCCACCUCAGCCUCAGUACUGGUGCACGAGGAGCCAGUACUACAGGCACACACUACCACACCCAACUAAUUUUUUUUUUAAUUUGUAUAGAGAUGGGAUCUCGCUAUGUUGCCCAGGCUGGUCUUGAACUCCCAUCCUCAAGUGAUCCUCCUGCCUUGGCCUCCCAAAGUGCUAGGAUUACAGGUGUGAGCUACCUGUAAUCUCGCAAGCUUUUUUUUUUUUUUUUAAUUUAUUUUUAAAGACGAGGUAUUACUAU